CGCCACCCAACGGGGCUGAAGGCCCAGCCCUCCACCCUCCGGGCACCAGUGCGUGCGCCGUCGACUUCCUCUCACCUUCUCGCUCCUCGAGAACGACUCCAUAGCGCACCACACCAGCGCGGCGACAGACAGCCCGCGAGGAGAAAAGGUAGAAGAGGAGGGGCAGGGAGAGCCAUACAUACUCACCGGUUGGAUUCGGUCCAAUCCAAUCCAGCCGGCCGCGGCGUGACCAGCCGAUCCAGAGGGCGCCGAAUCGAUCUGCGGGGGCGGCGCGGCGAUGCGGAGGGCUACCGCUGGGGAUCCCGGUCGCCGCGGGGGAUGCGCAUGAGGGCGUCCGGCCCGCGAAUCUUCUGGUUUGGCGGGAGCCCAGGGGGCGCGCACCCCGGAUCGGCGGCGCGCGGCGCGGGCAGGAUCGUGUCGGUGGGGCUGCGGCAGUGACCGCGGGCGCGGGGGAGGGUGAGAAGCGGCAACUAGCACUUCGAGUCGAGCGGGCGCGAUGGUGAGCGGCCACAUCUUCCACUGCCGGAAGAACUCGUGGCCGGCGGAGGAGUACGUCGGCCGGACCGCGCUGCAGCUGUUGGAUUUCGAUGGCGGGGCGCCGCCGGAGCAGGCGUGGCGGAGGCGGCUCAACAGCCACGCGAACAUCCUCAAGGAGUUCAGUGUCACUUUCAUGGAGGCAAUGAGGAUGAUGAGCCUUGGCCUGAGACUAUGGUCGUAUGUUCGGGAGGAGGCGUCACAUGGACGGAAAGCACCGAUCGAUCCGUUCACAAAAGAGCGCUGUAAACCGUCAGCUUCCCAGGGUGUGCCACUUGGUGGGAUGGGGAGCGGAAGCAUUUCGAGAGGUUUCAGGGGAGAGUUCAAGAAUUGGCACAUCAUACCUGGUCUUUGUGAAAGUUCGCCGGUCAUGGAGAACCAGUUCUCUAUAUUUGUAUCUCGAGACGGGGGUAAUAAGAAAUACUCAUCAGUUUUGGCUCCUGGACAUCAUGAAGGUCUGAAGAAAAAUAGUGACUCUGGAAUUUCUUCAUGGGACUGGAAUUUAAGUGGUCAACACUCGACCUAUCAUGCAUUGUUCCCUCGGGCAUGGACUGUUUAUGAUGGUGAACCUGAUCCAGACCUUAAAAUCUCAUGUCGUCAAAUAUCACCUUUCAUUCCUCAUGAUUACAAGGAUAGCAGUCUUCCAACAUCUGUAUUUGUGUAUACUCUAGUAAACACUGGGAGAGAUCGUGCAAAAGUAAGCCUGUUAAUGACAUGGGCGAAUUCUAUUGGAGGUUUUUCGCAUAAUUCAGGAGGCCACUACAAUGAGCCCUUCAUUGCGGAAGAUGGAGUAUCAGGAGUGCUUCUGCAUCACAAAACAGCCAAGGAUAAUCCACCUGUCACUUUUGCUGUUGCUGCCUGCGAAACUCAGAAUGUGAAUGUGACAGUCUUGCCAGUGUUUGGUCUUUCUGGAGAAAACCAUGUUUCCGCAAAGGAAAUGUGGAACACCAUGCUACAGAAUGGUCACUUUGAUCGGGAAAAUUUCAGUGCUGGUCCCAGUAUGCCUUCUUCUCCAGGACAGAAACUCUGUGCAGCUGUCUCAGCCUCAACUUGGGUUGAGCCACAUGGUAGAUGUACUGUUGUGUUUGCUCUGGCUUGGUCCUCACCUAAAGUAAAGUUUCAAAAAGGAUGCACAUAUAACAGGAGGUACACCCAAUUCUACGGAACUUCUGAGAAAUCGGCUGUUAAUUUGGUACAUGAUGCCUUAACAAAAUAUAAACUUUGGGAAGAAGAAAUUGAGAAGUGGCAAAACCCCAUACUGAAGGAUGAAAGGCUUCCAGAAUGGUAUAAGUUCACUCUUUUUAAUGAGCUUUACUUUCUGGUAGCUGGGGGGACUGUUUGGACAGAUGGUCAACCCCCAGCAAUCGAUGAGAAAAAGAGUCCUGGUUUUAAUCACCAGAAGUCCUCAAAGAGGGGUACUAAAGACACCAAUCAGGGAUCUGUUAAAGAUAGACAUGUCAACCUGGCAGUGGAGCAAGUACCUCAUGGUGGUUACAUGGCUAAUGGUGAUGAUCACAGUGUAUCCAAGUUCGCAGCAGUUCAUGGAUCAGAAAUGCAAGAACAAAUCAAUGGACUCAAGUCAGAAGAGCCAAUUCCUUACUUGAUUUCAAAGGAUGGCCCUGAACACGUUGGCAAGUUUUUGUAUCUAGAAGGAGUGGAAUACAUCAUGUGGAACACAUAUGAUGUGCAUUUCUAUGCAUCUUUUGCUCUCCUUGAUUUGUUCCCAAAAAUAGAGUUGAGUAUCCAACGUGAUUUUGCCAAUGCUGUGCUGUAUGAAGAUCGGCGCAAAGUAAAAUUUUUGGCUGAUGGUACAUCCGGAAUCCGCAAGGUUAAAGGUGCAGUGCCUCAUGACCUCGGAACGCAUGAUCCGUGGCAUGAAAUGAAUGCAUAUAACAUACACGAUACAAGCAAAUGGAAAGAUUUGAACCCCAAAUUUGUGCUCCAGAUAUACAGAGACUUUGCUGCUACAGGUGAUAUGCAAUUCGGUCGAGAUGUUUGGCCUGCAGUCUGUGCUGCUAUGGACUAUAUGGAUCAGUUUGACCGUGAUGGUGAUGGUCUCAUUGAGAAUGAUGGAUUUCCUGAUCAAACCUAUGAUGCUUGGACUGUUCAUGGAAUCAGUGCUUACUGUGGUUGUCUUUGGCUUGCUGCACUUCAAGCUGCAGCUACAAUGGCUCAUCGCCUUGGGGAUCGGCACUUUGCUGAGAAGUACAAGCUCAAGUUUAUAAAAGCCAAAGCAGUAUAUGAGGCGAAGUUAUGGAAUGGGUCAUAUUUCAAUUACGACAGCGGCACAAGUAGCAACAGUAGAUCCAUUCAGGCUGAUCAGCUGGCAGGACAGUGGUAUGCUGCCUCGUCGGGCUUGCCCCCGCUUUUCGAUGAGCACAAGAUAAGAACUGCUCUGCAAAAAAUAUUUGAAUUCAACGUGAUGAAGGUUAAAGGAGGACGGAUGGGAGCUGUAAAUGGUAUGACUCCAAAGGGAAAGGUGGACGAGACAUGCAUGCAAUCACGUGAAAUCUGGACUGGUGUUACAUACGCUGUUGCUGCAAAUAUGCUGCUCCAUGGAAUGGAGCAUCAAGGCUUUACGACCGCAGAAGGAAUUUUUACUGCGGGAUGGUCAGAAGAAGGAUAUGGGUAUUGGUUCCAAACACCAGAAGGAUGGACCACAGAUGGGCAUUAUAGAUCCCUCGUAUACAUGCGGCCUCUUGCCAUUUGGGCGAUCCAGUAUGCAGUUUCUCCUCCCAAGGCUAUUCUUGAGGCCCCCAAAGUUAACCUAAUGGACCGAAUACAUAUCUCCCCUCACAUGGUCCGAGCAAUUAGCGAGAUAAGCAUUAGAAAGGUAGCACCCGACAAUAGAUGUUUCCCUAGCUCUGCCUUCCACUGUGAAUGCUGAUCCGAAGGUAAACAUGCAGCUGCUGAGCAACUUGCAACCUUUUUUUUGGCUUUUUUCGGUUUCUCCUUGCCCCCCCCCCCCCUUUCAAGGUCCAGGUGGGGGGGCUCAGGAGUUCUUUUCUUGGAUCAGAGGGCUUAUCCAAACCACCACCAAACUCGUGACUCAAGAGAGUUCAUGUUGUAUAAUUGUACAGCAAACUGUUAGUCACAUAAUCUUUUUUUUUCACUUUGAAAGUUUUGUGCUGUUCACUUGAAUAGAGCUAGAAAUAAAAGAACUGGGAAGCUGGUGUCUACGGCUAA